CGUAUCGAGACGCACUUUAUUUUAUCUUAUAACAAACUGGACACUUAUUAUGGAGGAAGCCAAUCUUCUUCAAGUAAAGGAACUUGUAAAAGACGCCUUUAAUUCUUUCAAAAGAGAACUGAAGGAAGAAACAAAGACACCGUCUACAAAACUGUUCAAGAAAUUUCAUGCCGACAGUAACGACAACAUUGAUUUGAAGCACCGCGGAAAUCGUAAGCAACAUGAAUUCAACGUACAAGUCGCCAAUAUCAUUGAAGAGGCAGCUGAAUACCUCAAGAGGCCAGAACAAGCCACAGAUUUUGAUAAGCAACAACAGCUUCUAGACGAGGUCAAGCGCUACAAUACUGAAGGUACGAUAGAGGUGGCUUCAGAGGCGGCAGAACGUCAUCCACUCAUCCUAAUACCGAGACCAACCAAUGGCAGCAAGGUGCAGGAGGGGAAAUGGGUUCAAGUGUACGCCAAAGCCACCAGACAUGUAAUACAGAUGCGGACAAACGGGGCACUAGAGAUACACGUGUUCCAGAUUUUCUGGCAACGGGUCAGAUAGCAGGGUCAACAAGCAAAAUUGAUAGUCAAAAUAAGGCUGGUAGAACAUGGUGUCAAGAAUUUGGGUGAAAUUAAGG